GGAGAGAGAGAGAGCGAGACAGGCCGGGCAUGCAACAGCUGCCGCGCAUGCGCAGGCCCCGCCAGCCCCGCCCCCGCCCCUCCUUUCCUCCGUUGGUGUGUGGAGUGUGCGAGGCGGCUUGCUCCGCUCCCGCUCCCUUCCCCCCUUCGCCUGCUUCCUUCCUGCCUUCCUUCCUCCUUUCCUCCCGUCUGGGCCAUGGAUGGCGUGGAUCUGAUGAGCUUUUUCCUUCUGGUAUCGCUUACGGGCCUCUUACCAUGAGCAAUUCUACUCCUGCUACAGCUAAUGGGAAUGACAACAAGAAAUUCAAAGGAGACCGAUCGCCUUGCUCACCUUCACGAGUCCUUCAUCUUCGUAAGAUUCCAAAUGAUGUCACUGAAGCAGAAGUAAUUUCUCUAGGUCUACCUUUUGGCAGAGUAACCAAUCUCUUGAUGUUGAAGGGGAAAAGCCAGGCUUUCCUAGAAAUGGCUUCAGAAGAAGCUGCUGUUACUAUGGUGAACUACUACACUCCUAUUACUCCACACCUCCGCAGUCAGCCUGUUUAUAUUCAGUAUUCUAAUCACAGAGAACUUAAGACUGACAAUCUACCCAAUCAAGCUAGAACUCAAGCUGCAUUGCAAGCAGUAAGUGCUGUGCAAUCUGGAGGCCUGGCCCUUACAGGUGCUCCAGCUACUGAGGGUGGAUUGCCUCCUGGUCAGAGUUCUGUACUUCGAAUUAUAGUUGAAAAUCUCUUCUAUCCUGUAACUCUAGAAGUGCUAUAUCAGAUCUUCUCCAAGUUUGGAACAGUUUUGAAGAUCAUCACUUUCACAAAGAACAAUCAGUUUCAGGCCUUGCUUCAAUAUGCUGAUCCAUUGAAUGCACAUUAUGCAAGAAUGGCUCUUGAUGGUCAAAACAUCUACAAUGCUUGCUGCACUCUCCGUAUUGAUUUCUCCAAACUAACAAGCCUUAAUGUAAAAUACAACAAUGAUAAAAGCAGAGAUUUUACACGUUUGGACCUUCCAUCAGGUGAUGGGCAGCCUUCCCUUGAGCCCACAAUGGCUGCUGCUUUUGGCACUCCAGGGAUCAUCUCCUCACCAUAUGCAGGGGCUGCUGGCUUUGCCCCUGCCAUUGGUUUUCCCCAAGCUGCAGGUUUGUCAGUCCAAGGUGUUCCCAGUGCACUCGGGCCUCUUGCAAUCACCACAUCCACCAUGACUGGGCGCAUGGCUAUCCCAGGGGUUCAUGGAAUGCCAGGAAAUUCUGUUCUGCUUGUUAGCAAUCUCAAUCCUGAUGCAAUUACACCAGAUGGACUCUUUAUCCUGUUCGGUGUUUAUGGAGAUGUCCAUCGAGUAAAAAUCAUGUUUAAUAAGAAGGAAAAUGCCUUAGUCCAAAUGGCAGAUGCAACCCAAGCCCAACUAGCCAUGAAUCACCUAAAUGGACAAAAACUUUAUGGAAAGAUGCUGCGUGUUACACUUUCUAAGCAUCAGACAGUACAACUUCCUCGUGAAGGACAAGAGGACCAAGGUCUGACGAAGGACUACAGUAAUAGCCCUUUGCAUCGCUUCAAGAAGCCUGGGUCAAAGAACUUCCAAAAUAUUUUCCCACCAUCGGCAACCUUGCACCUCUCCAACAUUCCGCCUUCUGUCACAGUUGAUGACCUAAAGAAUCUUUUUGCUGAUACUGGAUGUAUUGUGAAAGCCUUCAAAUUCUUUCCGAAAGAUCGCAAAAUGGCGCUCAUCCAGUUGGGUUCUGUGGAAGAAGCAAUCCAGGCUCUUAUUGAGCUUCAUAAUCACGACCUUGGAGAAAACCAUCACCUCAGAGUUUCCUUCUCCAAAUCCACAAUCUGACAAUUCUGUGACCUUUUCCAUUUUAAGACUCUUCUCACAAUUACCAGUGAAAAUCUUCUUCAGACAGAGACUGGAGUAGCCAAAACCAACGCUGCAUCCUUCAAACAAUGAAACUUGAGUGGUUCGUGUGUAAUUCUAUACACAGUAACAAAUCAAGGGAUGGUCUUUCCAUAUCUUUUCCUGUUUGAGGGGCUGAUAGCCCUCCACAAAUUUUUCUUCUAUAGUAUUUAAUAACAAUUUCAGUAGAGGCCCCUCCUUUUCUAAUGAUUUCAGGAACAUAAUUUUAUUGUUUAUUCCAAAAUAAUGUUACACAACAUUUCUGUGUCCCUUUAAACUAUCUGAAGAAUGUUUUCAAAAUUGACUUAGUAGAUGGCCUUUCUCACUACUUAUAUAGAAUAUUCUUUUUUGUGAUGAGGGGGGAUUUAUUUGACCAAUUAACUAAUGUGUUAAUCAGCGCCUGUUUUGAAAUAUUUGGAAGAAAGGCAGUGCCUUCUUUCUCCAUGAAGUGAAAUAAUAAAGUCCAGAUAUAAGAUGUAAUUGAUACAGAUGAAUUGUCUUAAUGUGAUCCAAAGUGAUCACACUUUUAACUAGAUAUGAAAUCAUGGUGGGAGAGGUUACUAGCUUUUAGUACUAUGAAAUGAUGUGUAAUAAAAUUUUGGAGAAAAUGAAAAGAAAAGAUAUGUCCUGAUUUCAAGUUUUGUACAUUUAUUUCAGAAAAAAAUGUUUACACUCUUAAAGGAAAAAAAUUCAGGUCUGUCAUAUGGUUUGACAAAUUUUUAGAAAGGUUAUUUUUGGUAAAGUCUUGUUUAAAAAUAUAAAAUUAAACCUCAAGGGUUUUUUGUACCACUAUAAUCUCUAAUACUUAAAAUCAGAAUUACUGUGUAUUUACUUAAUUUCUUAUGUGCCUUAUUAUGUGCUUAUAAUGAUACAAUAGUUUAGAGUUUUAUCUGAAGUAUCUUCGAACUGUAUUGUGGCUUGGUGAGGUUUUUUCCCCCCCCCCUUUGUCUUAGUUUUUAAACUGGUGAUUUCAGAAAUGUUUUUAAUAAGUAAUCAAAUCAGAUUUUUGGUGCUUUGGUACAGGGAUGGGGAGGUGGGAACUGAAGAUAACCUGAUGCACAUUCUUAUAGAGCUUUUCAUAAUAUUUUGGAAGUUGCAUUUGAGUGAUACCACUGUUGGUUUCUUAAGAAUGUUCUUCAGUUUCUGGAGGGUAUCUGACUUGUUGAGCUAUUGGCUCUCUGAGAAUAUUUUGCCUCAGGAUUCCUUUUCACCCAACAGUACUGGGCUUGCUAUAUUAAUUGUAGACUGGCUUUCCUUAAUAAAUAUCGUAACUUCAGUACCGAAUGUUCACUCCUUUUCGGAGAGGAAGAUGAGAUGCAAUCUUAUUAUUUUUUUGGUGAAAUAUAGUUACACACAGGUUAUUUCUAUGAUUGUAAUACAAUGUUUUUAGAGAUGUCUCAAAAUGUUAUGUCUACUGAAAUUUUCGAUUGUUUAUAAGGGUGGUUAUUCCUUUAGGUUGUUUUGGAGAUGGAUGCAAAGACUUAGGAAAUGAAAUGGAGUGUAAUGGCUUGUAGUGUGCUUAUUGUCUUUGGGAUUUUUAGCAAGUUGAUUUGUUCUGUUAAUAUCAGCAACUGCUUGGCAAAAAGAGAGAAAAAACAUUCCAUAGCUUUAGAUCUAUUUGGAAGUUCCUUUUACAGAGGUAACUUGUCAUUUACUAUUGCAAUGCAAGUUAUUGGGUAACAUCAUUGUAGCAUAAUGGGAUAGGCACUGAGACACUUGCUUCCUUCAAUUUAUAUAGCUAUAUUUGGAAAUUAGCUAAAAAUCAACCUUGGACACUUCAUUAGCACGUGCAUUUCGUUAUAUCACCAGAUGAGUUUCUCUGUGUAACAUUGUGCUGGCACCCACUAAUAACUGACCCCCGUUUCGCAGUUCAGCAUGCCUUCACAGCUGUUUCAAAAUAACAACAUAAACAAAAGCCUAAUGGGCUAAGAUCUUUUCUCAGUUAAGCAAAAUGAUCCAGCUGGUCCCUACUGUUGGCAUGGCACUUGAUCUGAAAUACGUCUGUUUUGUUCCAUUGAUUUCAGUGGACCACGGCUCCAAGUGAGCAUGUUCAGGAUGACAGCCAACUUAAACAUUAGUGAAAUAGCUUGAAUCAGAGUCCCAAUGAAUAUGCCUCCUCCUUGUAACUUGCUAAGGUAUCUGCUCACCAUGCGUUUAAAUGCUGCUACAAAGGGGGGAUGUUAUUGGAGUUGAUGAAUGUAACUGAAGCAGGAAAAAACCAGGUUCUGAGACUGAGCAUUAGCAUGUAUAAUAUCAAGAAUGGAAUGUGUGUGCGUGUGUGCGUGCGUGUGCUGUGUGAAAUAUUAGAUGUGUAUAUUGAUACACAUUGCAGGCAUUUAAUUUAUUGAUUUAACUAAUCUAAAAAAUGCAACUUUGUAGUGUUAACAGAGAAAUAAAUGGUCAACUUAACAUGAAAAAUAGCUUCACUUAGUCCCUAAGAGAUAUUUCUGUACUGCCUGCAGUCUGAGUUGUAGGGCAUACAAUUACAGAUAUGCUGGGAAACCUUGUUUGAAAUUUUGUUUUGAAUAUUGUUGUGUGGUCUUGUCAUAAUCAUAUACUAUUCUGUAUAAAUCAUCUUGGUUGUAGUGCAUGUGUGUUCAGCAUUUAGGGGUUGAUCUUAUUUUGCAAGGUUAUAUUUUUGUGAAGCGCAAAUGUGAGAAAUGGCAGUACUCACUUCGUUUGCAUUUAAAAUAGUAAUUUGGUUUGCAUCAAUAGUUAGCUUGACUUUCAUCAAAUACUAUAGAAGGCAAGUCUUUGAACUGGUAUGAAGACAAUAGCUAACUUGACCAUUUGCUUGCCCAUUCAUUCCUUUAUUGCAGGAUACAUCAUUUGUGGCUGUAGCAAGUGUCCUGCAAAAGCAAGGUGCUCUAAAAGGUGUGGUUAUUGAGUAACAUCCAUUCACCAAUCUCCUUGUGAAGCACCUUGAUAUAUGAUAGCCAGUUUUCUAGUCUACUUGAUCGUUCCUAGCAUGCAGUUUGUCAAAUUAGUCCUUUCUGUUCUCUCACUCAUUGAGGAUAAAAUGGCUGAGAUUUAGCACCGUGUGGCCCUUGUCAUUACUUUGUAAUACUGUUCAAGUUACAAUCUCCUGUGUGUCAGGCAUUUCUGUCUCCUGUUGAAUUUGUGAUGUGUGUUAGGGCUUGAUAAUAUUUUGGCUUCUAAUCAAAUUACAAUAUAUUUGCAUAUCGUGCAGCUUCAGUGAAGGUGCCUUUUUAGCAUACUGGGUGAACGUUUUCUUGAGUGAAGUUAAAAUGAAAGCUUCUACUCAUCACAAGAGGGGAUCCUUUUAAAGGAAAUCAAAGAAACAAUUUACAGCACCACAGAAUAAAAAUGGCUUCAAAAAUAACCAAGUCCCAAGCUCCUCAGUGUUAUGGAAGACUUAGUUUUACGAAUUAUAUUAACAUGAAUUUUGAUCAAGUGGACACCUGCAGUUGCCUAUCAUUACUUACUUGUUGUGGCUAAGCCAUAAUAGCAGUCACUCUGAAAGACUUGCUGCUGCUAGUUUUGAAUACAAACUGGAAUAAAAAUCCAAUUUGAGAACUACUUAAUGUGAUUUCAUGCAGGUGUAGUUCAAACGUGGAAAAGGUGCAGCCCUGGAGCUUCCUGUGAGCCCCAUGCUUUCUUACACACAAUGGUUCCCCCAACUUGGCCGGGCUCUCCUGUUUCUGGCAAAAAAGAUAUAUGAGUUUCUUAUUCUGGUAGCUUCCAGCAAUAAUAUGUCACCUUUUAAAUAUGUCAGAGCCCUCUCUCCUCCAUAUUAAAAUUUUUAAAAUAUUUCUUAAAAAGAGGUAGGUUUCUAGAUAAUUCAAAUUUUAUUUCAUUGUUGUGGUGGUGGUCUGCACUGUUGCUGGAGAAUCCCACAAGUAGAAAACUUGCCCCCAGGCAUAGCAUGGCUGUGUAGAUCCUUCAAAACCCACCAUGUGUUGGACUCCUUGUUGCUAAAUUUGACAAAGAGUGGAAAUUUUAAUCGGUAAUGACAAAGUUUUCCGUGUACCGCCGAUCAACAAAAGAUCUUCUCCAUAAGUUGAGAAACAUUCAUUGUAUGCCUUGCCCAAACUUGGUUGCCUUUCUUGUCUCCCAUCAUAUGUUGUUAUUGUGCUUGGAGAAUAUCUUGAGGGCUCUUUGUGCCUAUAUAAUCCAGAUGUAGCCUUGAAACUGUACAAUGGAGUUGUCAUGAAAUACAGCAGUAGCAUGAAUUUGACAAAGGGCAAGCCCAUCUCACCACCACAGAGUUCAAUAAAGCUUCUUGGUGUGGUCUUCUGAGAAUAAUGAACCCGAGGUAUGCCAUUUCAGUCUUCAUCCUGUUAAAUGUUGUGUGUACUGCUAUUUUCAAAGGAGGGGCUGAGAAGUUAAAACUGUUCUAAAGCCAUUUUUUUGCCUUGACUUUUUUUUUGAGGGCUGGUAACUUUGACAAAAAACUACCAGUUUAUCAAACAUUUGUGCUGAAAACUGUUCAGGUUGCACAGAGAUUUUCUUGAAGAAAACAACAUCCUAAUUGUCUUUGCAACGAGAUCUGUAUGUUGUAUUUGAAACUGUUUUUUUGAUUUUUCAACAAAUCUUCACAAUUAGAAAUUAUUUGAAAAAAUAAAAAAUGUCUAAAAUUUUAAUUUCAGGGUUUUUACAAAAGAUAAAAAUGGGACCAAAGUUUAUGUGCCUUCAGUAGACGUGUAAUUUUUUUGCUAUCUCUUUCAGUCUUUAGACUCAAUACUCCUGUUUGCAAGAAAAUGUAUUUAUAUAGUAAAAUACCAAAUGACCCAUGAACUGUCCAUAUGUGCAGUCAGUCAGUUGCUAACUGUUUCAUUGGAGUUUAUUAACUUUUUUCUUCCUACCAUUGUAACAUGAAUCAUGCUGCACCAUGCAAGAAUUCAAGUUAAGCUCCUCAAUAUCUGGGUUGUGGUUGCCAAUUUAACCCUUAACUAUAAUAAAAUAUCGAGUGUCUUCAUACACAGAGAGCCUUCUUUAUAAAUGAAGGGUGACAGAACUUUGAAUUCUUGGAUCUAUGUGCAGUAUUUGGGAUUAUAAUGAAAAACAACCGGUUUACGUAUGUAGGUUCAUCUCUCAACCAUGCUCUUUUCCCAAUUCAUCCUCCGGUUCCAGGAAACAAUUCAUCUUCUCAAAAUACAAAGCAAAUUGUUGUAUCAGAUUGUCACCUCAUUGCAAUGACCAAAGAUUGUCUGCUCUGGUUUUACUGAGACAUCUUGCCAGUUUGCUUUUUCUUUCUCCCGCUUUCUCACUAAUUUUCCACAAGACUCAAUGUGAAGUGACCUUUUAUAUGAAUGCUGGUGGUAAAUGGACUACUUUAUGAAAAAUUAGAUUUUUUUUAAAAAAAUGUGAACCAAAUGUAAUGACGUAAGGCAGGAGAGUAGUGGAUACUUAGUACUGUAUUCAGAGUUUUUUAAAAGGUGCACGCUUGCAGGAGUCAGACAUUCCCUAACUUUUCAUGUGUUCAUGAAUCCCUUUUUAAGUUUGUAAAAAUAUUCAUAUAACACAAGAAAAUGCUGUAAAUAUUUGUAACAACAUUUUUUACCUGGCAAAAAAAGGUUUUUGGGAACAAGUAUAAAAUGGUUUUUAUAUUUAAAAAAACAUCAAUUGUCUUGUAUAUUUUGAUAAGCAACAGUACCAGCUUUCAUUUGUUAAACAGCUUGUGGCAUUGGAGGGGGAAAAGGAUUCCAUGUUGUUGAGAUGACUUGAUGUUAUAAAUGCAAAGAAGUUGAAAUAUUAAAGAAACCUAUUUUCUAA